GCCGAUUGCCCCACGUAUGUUCUUUGGCAGGGGGUCUAGGUAGUACCAGUUGACCUCUGAACAAUCAUCAUCGGCCAACAUUUCGUAUCAUCUAUUCCAUCUCAUCUAUCCUCCAAUCACCAAUCACUUUUCGCCCGAAACCAAACUAUCUGGGCAUCUCGUCGCCUCCGUCAACUAUUGCCAUCGCCGAAUAGUUACUUCCACUACUUCCAAUCGAUCGACAAUCCCGAAAAUGGCCGACUCAGCCGAGGGUAGCUCUGACCCUCAAGUCACCUUCAAGGUGAAAACUUCAGGCGACACUCAACACACUAUCACCAUGGCCGAGACGGCUACAGUGUCCGACCUUAAGACCAAGCUUGCAGGCGAAGAAUUUGAGAACAUCCCUAUCGAACGACAGCGCUUGAUCUACUCCGGUCGUGUCAUGAAGAAUGAGGAGCCGUUGAGCACCUACAAGAUCAAGAGUGGCAAUACCGUUCACUUAGUCAAGAGCGCCGCUAGCAACCCUACUCCUGCUCCGGCCAACACCGCCGCUGCUACUCCUGCCGCGCCUCAGAUUCCUACGAACAUGGCGGCGGGUACUGCGAAUAACCCUCUAGCAGGUUUAACCGGCGCAAGAUAUGCUGGCUUGACAGGCUUGCCGUCAGCAGACAUGUUUGGUCCCGACGGAGGUAUGGUCGGUUCCAUGAUGGACGAGGACCAGCUGGCCAACAUGCUUAGCAAUCCCCACGUUGCGCAGCAGAUGAACGAAAUGAUGAACAACGACGCCUUCAUCGAGAUGAUGAUCCAGUCGAACCCCAUGCUGCGAAACAACCCCAACGCUCGCGAGAUCGUGCGAUCGCCGCUCUUCCGUCAUAUGAUGACCAGCCCCGAGGCUUUACGAGGUGCGGCGCGAUUACAGCGAGUCUUAGGUGGUCGUCAGGCUGCGCAGAACGCCUUUCCCAUGCCUGGAGUGACCGACAACACUCCCAAUCCGCCUUCGGGCGAUGGUGCUUCGGGAAAUAACAACGGCGGUGCCCAGAACGCCAGCGGUCAACCCAAUUUGUUCGACCCGGCACUCUGGAGUGGUAUUCAGGCACCUGGCGCUCCUGGUGCCGGUGCCGGUGCAGGUGCUAACCCCUUUAGCAGUCUCUUUAACCCAUUUGCAGCACCUGCAGAACGCUCAGGGGCGACUGGCACGAAUGCGACUCCAGCUGCAAGCGGCGCGCAAACUGAAACUGGUACCACCAAUGCCACUCAGAGUCAAGGUCAGACCCAGGGUCAAACAGCUGGCACCCAGAAUGCCUCCAAUCCUCCUCCUAAUCCCUUUGCCGGUCUACUCGGUGCUUCGGGCCUAUUCGGGGCUCCUGCUGGAGGUGCAGCAGCGGAAGGCGGAGCUGGGGCUGGAGCCGGCGCUGGGGCUAACCCCUUUAGCCAGAUGCCUCCUGUACAGCCUGAGAUGUUACAACAGAUGAUUCAGAUGUUGGGUAUGGGAUCACCUUCCGGUUCUCCUGCCCCCGGUACCGCUCAUGCCCCUCCCCCGGCCGACACUCGACCCCCGGAGGAACGUUACUCGGAACAGCUUCGACUACUCAACGACAUGGGCUUCUACGACUUCGACCGAAACGUCGCGGCGCUACGACGAAGCGGAGGAAGCGUACAAGGUGCCGUCGAGCACCUCCUAAACUCGUAAAAAGGAAGCGGUUAUCCCCGUCUCUUCCACCGCUCGAGUACUCGCACAAUUCAUUGUAAACGAUAGGCUUUUCUUCUUACGGGGUUGGGGUGGAACAUAUAGCAUGGUUGAUCCUUCUUCUUCGCCACCAGGGAGAGGGCCAAAUGCUUCUUGCUUCUUGUGGAACUAUCUAUCUAUUGCCGGACGACGCCGAAAUUCGACACACGACGACUGAACGACCGAACACAUACACAUUACACAUCACACGACACCACAUUAAAUAUCCUUCCGAGCAGGCAUGAAUAGGAUGGGCUUCUUCUUUUUUUCUCCUUGCGACUGCUGGAGGGAGGACACGGAUGGACGAUGGCUUGGCAAUCAAUGCUUGCGUCAAGACUUGCUUUUGCAACAGCAACUUGCAUCGCAUCCUUCUAUAAUAGCUAGUGCGGUAAUGAUACGCGCUGUUCAUCGCUGAGUUUGACUUUGUUGCUUGUGUUUAUGUGAUUUUGGUCUUUUAGUCAGAGAUUCCGGGUUUGAGUGAUUAUGAGUGAUGUGUGAGUGAUUAUUGGGUGGUACCCUUAAUCAUGAUAAUCUUUUUAUAGGUAAUGUCUAUGAGGUUUGACCUUGAAGCUUCCGCAUCAUGGGGGUGUUGGUGUUCUAGACACGCCACUGACGUGUAGUCUUUCACAACUCAUUUUUCCAACGGCUUGAAAUAUCCAUUUGGCUAAGAUCUAUAAUUAUUAUGCAUUCUACUCGUC